UUAAAGCUCUAGCAGAAGUUCCAGAGCAACAAAUUCACACUAACAGCCCUAAAGACUGGGCAAGCUAGCCGCUCCCAGUGAGGCCAAACAGGACGUCUCUUAGCGGCCGCGCGAAGGCAGCUAGGCUUGUCCCCUAAGCCGGCCCCAGCUUCAGCAUCAUCACCACUACUGUCUCACCUCGACUGUUUCUCUGACGUUGAUAUGCGUUCUGAAACCGCUGGCUGAUCUCCUACAAAAACUUGUUUGACUGUCGCGACAUUUUUUGUUCAGGACUCCUCUUUCUCCUUCUCCUGACACUUUUCCCUCCAUGAGUUCCGAUCAAGGCUAGCAUCGAACAGUUUACUAGACUGUUUCCUUUCGCAAAGAUUCAAAGCUCACACACCGGCCUCUGACUCCUAUUGCUAUCUGACGCCAAAACAAUUGCAACCAUAGAGGGUACUAUGUUUAGCUUAUCUGCCAAACGCCCCCGAGGCGAUGACAUCGAAGACUACCUACAACACGACAGCAAGAAACCACGUCCGACACCUCUACCACUGCGCGUUUCCCCUAAUUCUCUUCACAAUGCAUCCACUGCCCAACAGAAUCAAUUCGCUUCUCGGUCUAUUCCACCUGCACUUACUCCUGCCGACUCGUCCGACGACGAUGAUGACAAUAACGGUCUGCGAGAUGCAAAUGCUCAGGCUGCGCAGAGCGGUUGGCUUUCUCAGUUGGUCCCUAGACCGCCAGCGCCCGAACCAGAAUCAGCCAUGGACCUUGACAUGGCCGAGUCACAUCCAUUAGCUGGUGGUGAUAACCUUUCGCCAUGGCCUGUCAGUGCCAGAAGCGGUGGGAGCGUACAGCCGUCGCCAAUCCCACAGCAUCUGAUCAACCAGUCGCUCAACAUCAGCGGAGGCCGCACAGCAACUCCAAUCUAUGGACACUUUACCGUUAAUAUGAACGUCGAGGCUAUGAUGGAGGACGAUCCCUCAAUGCCAACACAGGAAUCGGCUCCAAGCAGUAACAGCGAUGAGAGGAAUGGAGAGCCGGAAUGGUGGCGACGCCGACGUCUGCCCAGCCCCAUCAGCGAGGAUGAAGACCGCAUGGGCAAUAACAACCAGAAUUACGGUACGGGAGUCCCGAACGAUCAGGGAUUAUCAGUAACAGACACACCUCCGUUGGGUAUCGCUUCUGGACCAACUUCUUCCUGGUCCGUUGCUCCAGAACGAGGUGAAUGCGGUCGAGAGCAGGACCUUUCGGCUACUCCCAUGGAAGCCAGCACGGCUGCUGUUCUACGGAACCGUUCUUCAUUCGCAGAUUUGGCCGGCAACGGCAGGGAAUCGAUAGUUAAUAACGCGGCAUCCACGGCCGAAAAGGGCAAAAUUAGCUUCUCUAUGGGCUACCGCGCAGACUGCGACAAGUGUCGGCGUAGAGUGCCUGGACACUACAGCCAUAUCAUUCGUUCAUGAUACCCAGUCUUAUAAGGCUCCAUAGAGCGACCUUCACUGUCUCUCUGUGGAGCUCUUCUGAUCUGUCUUCCGUCCAUUUGUGACGUGGACUUUUGGUUAUGUUUUAUUUUUCUUUUCGGAACUUUAUAGAUAAUUAGGCGCUUUAGGCGUUCACUGGCUGGGAUGAGCUUUUCUUCCACUUCUCGGAGGGUUAGAGAUUACAGGGCAAAGGAAAGGGUAUUCACUAUCCUGGGAAAUACAACAAAUGGAAUAGAGUCCCUUCAGCAGGGGCACGGGAAUCGUCUUAUACAAGGUUGCGACUAUGCACAUUCUUUUGUAUUCAUAAACCAACAAUUACCUUUAUCCGCAACCCUUUGGGGAUCUAAAAUUCUUUGGUCUAGAAGAGC